UUAAAAAAUCCGUUUAAAAGGGACGUCAUUUAAUUGCCACUGUGCAAGAGCAAUGAGCGAUUCCUCCGUAACCGAAGCCGCCAAGAGCGGCGGUGCUGGUGGCGGCAGUGGCACUGGAGGGGGGUCCGAGGCUUCUCGGAUUGGAGAGGUGAAGCAGUGGCUAGUGCACGAGUUCGGUCAAGCCGGGAAGGAAGUGCCGCAAUUCGAAUACACCCCUCGAUCCGUGGCUUAUUUACACAACCUUGCCACUCUCUCCCAAGCCAAAACCCAAGCUUCCAAGAUCCUUGCCUCCGAUUUCCGCCUCAAAGCCUCCGAAUACCGCUCUCAAGCGGCGCGAAUUAGGGAGAUUUUGGAGAAUGUAGGGCUUGCACAGGAGAGUUUAGCCUCGAAUGUUGUUGGAUCGGUUCAGGUCUUGGCGAAUGUGGCGAAUUUACUGAACAUCAGAGAUACAGAGCUAAGCAGUUUUCUAGUUGCAAUGGGAGAUAUUUCCUUGAGGAAGGCUAGUGUGGAGGAGAAGAGGGCCAAGGUGCAGAAAGAGUCCAAGGUUUUGUUGGAUUACACGCGAAAAGCUAUUGCAAGAUUAACGUAUUUGAAGAGAACGCUUGCGCAAUUAGAGGAAGAUGUAGCUCCCUGUGAGGUGCAGAUGGAGAAUUGGAAGACGAACUUGGCUGUUAUGGCUGCUAAGGAGAGACAAUACAUGCAACAGAGUGCCAAUUACAAGGCCAUGCUAAAUCGCGUGGGUUACACCCCGGAAAUAAGCCAUGGGGUAUUGGUUGAAAUGGCUGAGAACAGGAAGGAGUUAGAGAAGAAAACAAAGCCCAUCCUUGAUACUUUAAGAAGCUAUCAGGACUUGCCUCCGGAUAAGGCCUUAGCUGCUUUGGCAAUUGAGGACAAGAAAAGGCAAUACGCUGCGGCCGAGAAGUACCUUGAAGAUGUAUUGCAAUCAGCGCUUGCCCCUUCAGAGUAAUUCACCCGUAGAUAACUCACUGUUGUAUGACUGUCCUUUCUUUCUUUCUUUCUUUUUAUUUUAUUUUAUUUUAUUUGUUUCUUUUACUGCUAUGUUGCAUUUGAUGAUUGGAAGCAGCAGAAUUGUUAUUUUAUUAUAUUUUAACAUAUUCUCUACUUUUAUAUAUACCACAGAACAUCAAAAUUCUAGUUUUUGGUUAAAGAACGCCAUGCGACAGAAUUAAAGUUGUGUAAAGUUCACAUGCUUGAAAUGUUCUCUAGAAUUA